AGAAGACAGCCGCCGCAAACACACACGAGCUGGCCCAGCCACUCGAGGCACUCAGCUAGUAGCGAAGGCGAAGCAGGCGGCGGCGCAUCGAGCGACUGCGGCGGCGCGGAGCCAGUGACGGAGGGGGCGAGGGGCAGCGAGGUCGAUCCGCGAACUCGACGUGCCGUUAUCCGCGGAGGGGUGCGUCAACAGCACAUGACCUGCUGAAAACCCUAGCGCGAGCAGCGGAAAGGAAGGGGAGGAAGGAACUCCGAUCUCCCGGCCGAGACCACCGCGGCGCCGCCAUGAAGCUGACGGUGAAGACUCUCAAGGGCACCCACUUCGAGAUCCGGGUCCAGCACAAUGACACCAUUAUGGCUGUCAAGAAGAACAUUGAAGAGAUUCAAGGAAAGGAUAGUUAUCCAUGGGGUCAACAACUGCUGAUUCACAACGGCAAGGUUUUGAAGGAUGAAAGCACAUUGGAUGAAAAUCAAGUUAGCGAAGAUGGAUUUCUAGUUGUCAUGCUUAGCAAGAGUAAAGCUUCUGCUUCCAGUGGAGCUUCAUCUGCCCAGCCUUCAAGCACUCCUGUUACCAGUCAAGCACCUCCAGUUGCUCAACCACAAGCUCCUCAGCCCCAGGUCCCAUCAACUACGACUUCUCAGCCUGAAAGACCACCCGCAGAGACCCCUUCGAGUACAGUUGAUCUUGCAGCAUCGGAUUUACUGUCAGGAAGCAAUCUGGACACAAUGAUUAACCAGAUAAUGGAGAUGGGGGGUGGCAGCUGGGACAGAGAUAAGGUCCAAAGAGCUCUCCGUGCUGCUUAUAACAAUCCAGAACGGGCCAUUGACUAUCUGUACUCUGGUAUUCCAGUGACAGCUGAGGUUGCUGUUCCGGUGGUUGGUCAAGGGGCAAACACCACUGAUGCAGCUCCUGGAGAAACCGGCCUCUCUGGAAUCCCAAACACAGCACCAUUAGAUCUUUUCCCACAGGGGGCUUCCCAUGCUGGAGGUGCUGCUGGGGGUGGAUCACUUGAUUUUCUUAGAAAUAACCAACAGUUUCAAGCACUUCGGGAAAUGGUCCAUACAAAUCCACAAAUUUUACAGCCUAUGCUCCAGGAAUUGAGCAAGCAGAAUCCUCAACUUCUGAGGUUGAUUCAGGAGAACAAUGAUGAGUUCCUUCAGUUACUAAAUGAGACAUUUGAAGGCGGCGAUGGGGACUUUUUAGACCAGGCUGACCAGGAUGAGAUGCCUCAUGCUAUCAGUGUGACACCAGAAGAGCAAGAGGCAAUUGGGAGGUUGGAAGCCAUGGGGUUUGAGAGAGCACGUGUCAUCGAAGCAUUCUUUGCCUGCGACAGGAAUGAGCAACUCGCUGCAAACUAUCUUCUUGAGCAUGCUGGCGACGAAGAAUAGAGA